AUGAACUUUAACACUGUGCUCUUCAAGUAUGUCUCUCCUUCUUGUGCCAGAAUAAAACCAUCAACUAUACUCAGGUAUAACAACACUUUCAAGAAAUUUCAUCAUACAAAAAUGGUUCUAAAGGCUACUGAUAAAUUCGCUACCAAGGCUAUUCAUGCCGGUACUCACACUGACGUUCACGGCUCCGUCAUCGAACCAAUCUCUUUGUCUACCACUUUCAAGCAAUCUUCUCCUGCUAAUCCAGUCGGCAUUUACGAAUAUUCAAGAUCUCAAAACCCAAACAGAGAAAAUUUGGAAAAUGCCAUUGCUGCUUUGGAAAAUGGUAAAUACGGGUUAGCCUUCUCCUCUGGGUCUGCUACCACAGCCACUGUCUUACAAUCCCUUCCACAAGGCUCUCAUGCCAUCUCCAUCGGUGACGUUUAUGGUGGUACCCACAGAUAUUUCACCAAGGUUGCUAACGCUCACGGUGUCGAAACUACCUUCACUAACGAUCUAUUGAAAGAACUACCCAACUUGGUCAAGGAAAACACUAAACUGGUAUGGAUUGAAUCUCCAACAAACCCAACUUUAAAGGUAACAGACAUUCAAGCCGUAGCAGACGCCAUUAAGUCGUUAAAUAAAGAUAUCAUCCUAGUGGUAGACAACACUUUCCUAUCCCCAUAUCUAUCAAACCCACUAGACUUCGGUGCAGACAUCGUUGUCCACUCCGCCACCAAGUACAUUAACGGUCAUUCAGACGUUGUCCUUGGUGUCCUUGCCACUAACGAUAAGGCCCUUUAUGAAAAAUUACAAUUCUUACAAAACGCCAUCGGUGCCAUCCCAUCUCCAUUCGACAGUUGGUUAGCUCACAGAGGUUUGAAGACUCUACACUUGCGUGUCAGACAAGCUUCUUUGAACGCCACCAAGAUCGCACAAUUCCUACAAUCUAGCCCUCUAGUCAAGGCUGUCAACUACCCAGGUUUACCAACUCAUGAAAACUACGCCGUAGUGCAAAAGCAACAUCGUGAAGCCCUAGGUGGUGGUAUGAUCUCUUUCAGAAUUCAAGGUGGUAGUGAAGCUGCUUCCAAAUUCUCCUCUUCUACUAGAUUAUUCACUUUGGCUGAAUCCCUAGGUGGGAUCGAAUCCUUAUUGGAAGUGCCAGCCGUCAUGACUCAUGGUGGUAUUCCAAAGGAGGCUAGAGAAGCUUCAGGUGUGUACGAUGACUUGGUUAGAUUGUCCGUCGGUAUUGAAGACGGUGACGAUUUGUUGGAUGACAUUAAGCAAGCUUUGGAAAUCGCCGCUAAGAAAUAG